CGCCCUCUCUGGUGAGCGAGCUGCGGGCGGAGAAGGUGGACCAGCGCAGCGUGACGCUGGUGUGGAGAGAGCCCAGCUCCCCCAACAGCAGCCGCACCGAGUACGAGAUCAAGUACUAUGAGAAGGAGCACAGGGACCAGAGCUACUCCACGGUCAAGACAGCCGCCACGCGCAUCAGCGUCAACAACCUACAAACCAGGCACCGCCUACGUCUUCCUCAUCCGCCUUUCUCCACCCCGGCCCCGCCCUCCUCCUCCCUCUCCUCCUCCCCUCUGUCGCCCGCCUCCUCUUCUUCCUCCUCGGCUAUCGACUACGGGGCCUACAGCCAACCCCUGGAGCUCCAGACUCUUGGCGAGCUGGCCCUGGCCUCCAGUGAGCAGAACCCUGUAGUGAUCAUCGUGGUGAUUUCUGUAGCUGCCCUCAUCAUGCUGAUGUCUAUGGGAGUGGGACUGCUCAUCUGGAAAAGACAAUGUGGAUACAGCAAGGCCAGCCAGGAAGGAGACGAGGAGCUCUACUUCCAAU